AUGAGUAAUGGCGAGGAAGAGAAAGAGAACUCAGUUGUUGUUGAAAAAGUGGGAGGCAGAUCUUCUAUCACAACCUGCUUAUCAAGAUAUCCCCUCAAAUUCAUCUCACCCAAAAAGGUUGGUCCUUCCAAUAUCGAUGCAGUGUGGGUUUAUGUUCUCAAUUAUGGAGGUGGAAUUGUAUCGGGUGAUCGCAUUUUAUGCAAGUUUUCUGUUGGAGAUGCUUGCACCAUGGUGUUAACUACCCAAGGUUCUACUAAGGUCUAUAAAUCGGUUGGAUCUAAGUGUUCUCAUCAAAUAUUAGAGGCUAGAGUAGGAAGCAAUGCACUUUUAGCCAUCAUUCCAGAUCCAGUGACAUGUUUUUCCACUGCAAGAUAUUAUCAGAAACAAGUCUUCACCUUGUCUUCGGACUCAAAUUUGGUCAUUGUUGAUUGGAUUACUAGUGGGCGUCAUGAAAGUGGAGAAAAAUGGGAUUUUGAUCUUUAUAGAAGCACAAAUAAUAUAUUCUUUGAUGAUGGUCAACCUUUGUUUCUGGAUACGAUGUUACUAGAGAAAGACAAAUUUGGUCUUGUAAAGGAACACAUGCUGGACUACCAAGUAAUUGCAAUGAUCGUGCUCCUAGGGCCAAAGAUGCAGUAUAUCCAGAAUAUCGUGCAAGAUAACGUGAAAAGAAUUAUGACUGAGCAAUUACAGAAUCCUUCAGCUGCAUUGAGUAACCAAAAAAGCAAGGCUGACUUUUUCAUGACAAAACCAACCUUGGUUGCUUCUUGCAGUGUGUUUGGUCCUAAGAAAAUUGGUCUUAUUGUUCGAGUGGCUUCCGUGACAACCGAGUCCGUUUACAAGUUUCUUCGGCAUCAGUUGGCUCCCUUGGAACCAAUGAUUGGAGUGCCACCUUACAGGUAG